GAUACCUUGAUCGCUUUGUUGUCGCCAAAUAUCUCCAAGACCAGAAUCAAUGGUUCCACUCUCACUUUGCAACCCCAUCGACACCUCUUCUUCUUUGCUAAAACCCCCACUUCUCCAUUUCUCUCAAUCUAUCGCUAACACCAUUAAUCUCAAAAUCAGAUUCACUUUCACUUCUAAACCCUUGAUCGUUAACCCCUUGCACUCUACCCAAUGUCUAAUCGCCGCCCGUGCGGCGGACCAUGCUGUUUCUUCUGCUGCUACCUCUGAGAUCGACAUGGUCAGGAACAGACAAGGAGUCUACACUUCUAAACAGAAUAAGGUCGUCGUUUUAUGGGACCUCGAUAACAAGCCGCCGCGUGGCGCACCGUAUCCGGCUGCAAUGGCUCUUAAGCAGCUCGCUCAGAGGUUCGGGGACAUUAUAGAGAUGUCAGCUUAUGCCAAUCGUCAUGCUUUUGUCCAUCUCCCCCAUUGGGUCGUGCAGGAACGCCGCGAGAGGAAACAGUUGGACAUUCUUGAAAGGAAAGGGCUUGUCGCUCCUUCCGAGCCCUACAUCUGUGCAGUCUGCGGCCGAAAGUGUAAGACUAAUAUGGAUCUCAAAAAGCAUUUUAGGCAGCUGCAUGAGCGGGAGAGGCAAAAGAAAUUGAGCAGAAUGAAGUCGCUCAAGGGGAAGAAGCGGCAGCGUUUCAAGGAGAGAUUCAUUUCUGGAAAUUAUAAGUAUAAUGAGGAGGCUAGGAGAUUGUUAACCCCAAAAGUUGGCUAUGGGUUGGCGGCGGAGCUGAGGAAAGCAGGGGUUUAUGUGAAGACGGUGGAGGAUAAGCCACAAGCGGCGGAUUGGGCAUUGAAGAGGCAGAUUGAGCAUUCAAUGAGUAGAGCGGUUGAUUGGUUGUUUCUGAUAUCUGAUGAUUCAGACUUCUGCGACAUUUUGAGGAGGGCAAGGGAGGCGAAUUUAGGGACGGUGGUGGUGGGGGAUAGGGAUAGGGCUUUAGGGAGGCAUGCGGAUUUUUGGGUGCCGUGGCUUGGGGUUGAGAAUGGAGAGGUUACAGAAAACGAUUUCGUGCCCAAGAGUAGGAAUAUAAGUGAGGAUAGAGAAGAGAAUGAUGGCUUCUUUUCUGUUACACAUUUUGAAGGGAAUGUGGCUGGUGUCGAGGGUGAUGUGGAUAACGUCCUUAAUGAGCUUGCAGGAGCAAGGUCUGAUUGGAGUGGUGUCAGGAUUUCUUUUUUCUCAGAAGGGGAAGAAGAAGAGGACCAGGAUUACUUCUUGUGGGACAGUGAGGAUGAGGACAUUGAAGGGGAAGAUGGGGAUUUUUUGUAAAUAUAUUUAGGUAGAGGCUGGCAUGAAAUUUGUUUCAUGAAUCUGGAUAUUUUGUUCAGGAAAAAAAGAAUCACAUUUUGAGAAUGAUGAGAGCAGAUUGAGUUUGUAAAGUGGUAGUAGUAGUAGUAGCUGUUUAAGUAAUUCAUGGAAAAACAGAAUAAAAGCAUGCGCAUGGCUGUCUGCAUUAUUGUCCGAAUCUGUAUAUGGAGGCUGAUGCCAAUGACAUCCAAUUUUGCAAAUUGGUACUUGUCAUGCCCCAAAUUCCCUGUGCACGCCUGCAUGCAUGUGAACAUUGUCGUUUUAUGUUUACCUUUUAUUUCUGAUAUAGAUUUGACAAGUUGUAUUGGAAUUAAUUUUUGACUGUAUUUCGACUGCUCAUGGUUAUUGUUUAACUUGCUGAGCAACAUGUUAUUCUCAGUAACUAUUCUGAUAGCUUCUCUCUUAACAUAUUCAUAAUUUAUUUCUUCUGAUA